CUCAGUAUAAAUUGAGGAGCAGCUCUCCCAGAGACAUCAGAGCUAACACUGCCAUCCAGAAGAAGCUGCUAACUUCACCUGCACAGACAUGGCUCCUUGCUCCACCAACUACUCCUCUAUUCACCACAUCAGGAUCUCUGAGAAAGACAACAUCAAAUUGAGAAAACCUAUUGUGGAGAAAAUGCGCAGAGAUCGCAUCAACAGCUGUAUCGAGCAACUCAAGAUCAUUCUGGAGAAGGAGUUCCACAAGCAGGAGCACAACUCCAAGCUGGAGAAAGCCGACGUCCUGGAGAUGACUGUGAGCUUCCUGAGGCAGCAGCUGCAGCAGGGCCUCUGUCAGAGCAACUACAACCAAGGUUACUCUCAUUGCUGGAGGGACUCUGUGCACUUCCUCUCAGCUGGAUCCAACACGGAAGCCUCUGUCACUCCUCUGCAGGGCCUCCAGCAGCAGGAGCAGCAGUUCCAUCAGGCCCAGAGAGCCAGCAGCUCCUCCCCAGUCUGCUCCACCCUUAGGCCCACCACACUGCAGGACAGCAGCAGCAGCAGCAGCAGCAGCAGCAGCAGCAGAGGUCUCGUGUGGAGGCCUUGGUAGAGACUCUGAUACACAGACACUCUGAGACCUGAGGGGACCUGCGCUUUCCCUCACAAUGUAGGAAAUGUAUUUCCAGCCUGCUCAUUCAUGGUGGGUUUCCUUAUUGACUCAUCACAUUGAUGGAUAAGUAGUAAAAGCGAAGGCUCUCACUUAUUUGAAGAUUGCUUUGACUUUGAUUCACAUCUGAUUUUUGCUUUUUGUUUGUGUUUAAAGCUGGAGGUUGAUUUUGGGUGACGAUGGUUUUGUCAAAUCUUGUGAAAUGACUGUUUACUCCAGUGGAGUUUAUCUUUGGACUGCUUGAUGUAACAGUAUAUAUCUGCCAUACUGUGUUAUACUGACAGCUGCUGUUGAGAAUAUUUCUCUUCUGUUUUGAAUUAUCUAUGCCAAAUUUUAUGUUAGAGGAUGAUGAUGAUGAUAUGUGUGUUUGUGCGUGUGGAUGAACAUAUUAAUAUUUUUUAAUGGGAUGUUGAUAUUGCUGUUUUGCUAUCACAUUUUGGCUCUUAAAACCCAUUCCUAACAUUCGUAUGACAAAAAACAAUAAAAAGAUACAAUCCUUAAAAAAA